UGCUGCAGUUCAGCUGAGGAUGAAGCAGAGAAUGUCUCGAGGAUGUCGGAGUACUGAGCGAGUCUGACUUUGGUGAAAACAUCACAGAGAAGCUCGGCAAAGUUAUCCUCGGGAAAAACAUUUCUUAUAUAUUAAGGGCAUCAGCCACGCUCUCCAGCUGCCAGCAUGAUGAAGGACUGCCUGCAGUUCCUUAUUGAGCCGGCUAAAAAGCUCAAGAUUCGACUGAAGGAGUCUCGUAAGCGAGUGAAACAUGAGAAAAAGGAGCCGCUGGUGGAGAGUCAGGUUUUUAUAAUGGAGCUGGCCCGGGAACUCAACAAAAUCUGCCAGAGGUCAAGCAUCCUCAGCCACAUCUGGACCGGGGAGGACAUCUGGCCAGCCAAUGUGUGUCGUGAUUUCAUCGUGGAGUGGGCUGCUGUGUUGGAGAGAAGGGUGCAGCCAAAGAUCAUCCCAGCUGAGCACCAGUAUGAGAGACCUGAGAAGAAGGACUGGAAGGAGCAGCUCCUCUGCAUCCUGGAGUCAGGGGGGGAGUGUGACAUGGGGCCGCACAAAAGAGGCAUCAUGGAGUGGGCCCGCGAGAUGAAAGCCAGACCUCAGCCCACCGUCUGGCCAGGUGAGCCGGUGCUCAUGAUGCUGGACGACCUGGAGUUCCAGUGGAAGAGGGGUCGUCUGCCUAACCUGCUCCCCGCCAUGGAGCUCAUCAUACUGGCUGUGCUGAAUGCUGACGGCAACCUGAAGGAGGACGUGACGAAGCAGUGGUUGGAGAGGAAACAGAGGAGCCAGAGGAUCGAUGCAGUCCGCUACAUCCCCCACAGUGUGUGGAAUUGGAUCUGCGACGCUUCAGAGGAAGUCACUCUGGAUUCAGACACAGCCAACCCCAACAUGUCCAUCUCCAGUGAUGAAAAGCGCAUGCGGUGCGGCCUGGAGCGCAGGGAUGUUCCACAUCGCCAGCAGCGCUUUGAUGGCUGGUGGUGCGCUGUAGGCCAAGAGGGCUACACCACCGGACGCCACUACUGGGAGGUGGAGGUGGGGGAGCGAGACUGGCGCCUCGGUGUGGCCAAGGCUUCCGCCGUGAGGCAGGGCUUCCGCUCGCUCAACACAGAUUCAGGCUACCUCACUCUUCGUCUGGAGAGGGGCUCUGAUCUGAAAGCUCUGACGGUGCCCUCCACGCCCCUGUCACAGAGCCUGGUGCCCAGGAAGGUCGGGGUGUACCUGGACUAUGAGCUGGGUCAGCUGUCUUUCUAUGACGUGGAGAAGCGCUCUCACUUGUACACAUACAAUGAGCAGUUCACAGAGGAACUGUACCCGCUGUUUGGGACUGUGGAGGUGGUCAAAGACCUGGUGAUAAGGCCUGCAGACGUCAGACAGCCAUGCCUCUGCCCUGGGCCCUGCCUCUGGACCUGAACUGCUUGAAUCAGUCAUGGAUGCAAGCCACGGACUUUUCCUCUGGUCCAUUAUUUGGGGAUAUUUGUCAUGUGUGCUGAUUUUUGGACUCAGUCUGACUCUCUCCUCUGUGGAGGACCCUGUGAGAGCAGGAAGAAAGCAGCCAUCAUUCUGCAACACACUUCCUGCUCCCCUGCAUUCACAGAGCCACACAGUGUUUGUCUAGUAAAGAAGAAUAUUUGAAGACAUGAUGGGUGAAAACCUGGGAUGUAUUAAGAUAAAGCUUCAUCAUAAGUAACGACUGAUUAAGACCAUGGCCCUGAGUAAACAUCUCUGCAAUGAUGACAUGCUGCUUAGAGGAGGCUCUAACUGUGCUUCCAAGAUGAAGACGGCUGACUCACUACACUAAGAUACUGUAGGCACCUUAAGAAAAGUUACACUCAAAAACUAGGGCAUGUUGCAGACAUCUUCCUAUGUUUCCCAAUUUUUAUUUUCUGCAUGUAAUGUGUGCAUUUUGAAAAGCGUUUUGUAGUGUCUGUCCUGUCAGCAUGGGCAACAAGAGUAGGCAUAGAAUAGUUCAGCUGCAGAGGAGACGUGUCGUCUCUGAACCUAGGAGUAACAUAUCAGCAGAGGCAUCAAGCAGAGGACAUAUAUUUAUAACAUAUUGCCAAAUGGGAUUUUAGACUACAUUGGAUAUCCAGAAUCUGAAAAACAUGGUGUAGUGAUCGAUAAUGCUGACAGGGUUAAACACAGAACCAAUUCUUUUUGUUCAGCGCUGUAACAGAAAAAAACAUUGGUUUGAGAAAUGUGCAUCUUUUUAUUUUUAAAGGACUUUUUGAAUUAUUAAGCGCUGAAAUGCCUCUGAUGUAAAUGCAUGAAGAUAAAGGAAUGUGAAGCAGCUCCUUGGUGCACACAAACCGUGCAGCUGCUGUGAGCGGACAAUCAUGCAGGUACCAGUAGAGAUGAGCAGACCGGGUUGGUGCAUGAGGAGAUUUCUUUCCUGCGUGCUUCUUUGUCUGUAGCGAGCUUGCUCCUGCAGAUGUUUUUAUCCAUAUGUGCACUCUUCAGAUAUCAAUGUCUUUAAACCUCAAUAAACUGAAUGCAAAUUCUCAA